GUAUCAUAUCGUGUACUCAAAUAUAUUCUCCAUUCUAUCUUUUAUAUAAGCCAUGACAAAAAUACAAAUUCUAGAUGGCGGCCUCGGCACCUCCCUUGAGCAAAACCACAACGUCACCUUUGGGUCCGACACCCCUCUCUGGUCCUCUCAUCUCCUCAUCUCAGAUCCGUCGACUCUACUGAGCUGCCAAAAGGAUUUCGGAGAUGUGCCGGUAGAUGUCAUCCUCACAGCAACAUAUCAGGUCUCACUUCAUGGCUUUGCAAACACCAAAACUUCCGAUUUUCCUAAUGGCAUUAAUGCCUCGCAAGUGCCUCAAUUCCUCGAGACUGCUGUGCAAAUUGCAGAGAAUGCGAAACAUCCUGAAAGUGCCAUCGCUCUGAGCAUUGGACCGUAUGGCGCAUGUAUGGUUCCCAGCCAGGAGUAUAGUGGCAAAUACGAUGCUGCUUACGACUCCGGAGACGCUCUUCUAGCAUGGCACCAAGAGCGAUUAGAGCUAUUCGCCCGCACAAAAGACAUCAAACAGCGUGCCCAGUAUAUCGCUCUCGAGACAGUUCCUCGCCUCGACGAGAUCAUUUCCAUGCGCCGCGCUUUGAGUGCCGUCCCUGGUCUCUUCCCCGGCCUACCCUUCUGGAUCUCAUGCCUAUUUCCCAAUGAAGAUGAAAACAUACCAGACGGAAGCUCCCCCGAGGAUGCCAUUCGAGCAAUGCUUGACCCUUCCCUCGCAGCAGCGGUACCAUGGGGCGUGGGAAUCAACUGCACAAAAGUAUGGAAGCUCGAUUCUCUGCUACGCCGCUAUGAAGCUGCCAUUAGCAAUCUGCUCCAGGAAGGCAUUAUAGCGGGCUGGCCCGCACUGGUUCUCUACCCGGAUGGAACAAAUGGUGAGGUGUAUAACACAACAACCAAGCAGUGGGAAUUACCAGAAGGCGCCGAGCGAGAAGAUAGAAUCCCGUGGGAGAAGCAGCUUACAGAGGCUGUACGGGCAACGAAAGCGAGAGGGAAAUGGCCUCAGAUCGUCGUAGGGGGGUGCUGCAGGGCUAGUCCAAGUGAUAUUAAGAAGCUUCAUAGCUGCAUAACCGUUUGAUGGUAAAUAAUAGUACUUAAUAAACAUAAUCUAUAACCGCUUGAAUGAUAUCAUUUAGCUGUCAUAUUAUCGCAUAUGCCCGUCUCAGAAUCCCAGACUAGAGAUAUCAACGCUCAAUGGUUUUCCAGACAGCAUUUCAGCAACUACCUUUCCAGUCCCCAAGCUCAGGCUAAUACCCCACGGUCCAUGUCCCG